UCUGUGCUCAGGAAAGGGGGCAACAACAAGCUGAUAAAGAUCUACCACCGGGACGGGAAGUAUGGAUUCUCAGAUCCACUGACAUUCAGCUCAGUGGUGGAUCUCAUCAGCCACUACAGACACGAGUCUCUGGCUCAGUACAACACCAAACUGGACGUCAAGCUCAUGUACCCCAUCUCCCGCUUCCAACAGGACCAGUUAGUGAAGGAGGACAACAUUGAUGCUGUCGGCAAGAAACUCCAGGAAUACCACAAUCAGUACCAGGACAAGAGCAAAGAGUACGACCGACUGUACGAAGAAUACACCAAGACGUCACAGGAGAUCCAGAUGAAGCGUACAGCCAUCGAGGCCUUCAACGAGACCAUCAAGAUCUUUGAGGAGCAGUGUCACACGCAGGAGCGCUACAGCAAGGACUACAUCGAGCGCUUCCGCCGCGAGGGCAACGACAAGGAGAUCGAGCGGAUCACGAUGAACUACGAGAAGCUCAAGUCGCGGCUCGGAGAGAUCCAUGACAGCAAGGUGCGGCUGGAGCAGGACCUGAAGACGCAAGCCAUGGACAACCGUGAGACGGACAAGAAGAUGAACAGCCUGAAGCCUGACCUCAUACAACUCCGCAAGAUCAGGGACCAGUAUCUAGUCUGGCUCAAUCACAAAGGUGUGCGACAGAAACGAAUAAACGACUGGCUGGGAAUCAAGAACGACAACACAGACGAAAGCUACUUUGUGAGCGAGGAGGACGAGAACCUGCCUCAUCACGACGAGAAGAGCUGGUUCGUCGGUGACCUGAACCGGACGCAGGCGGAGGACCUGCUCCUCGGGAAGCCCGACGGAAUGUUCCUCAUCAGAGAGAGCAGCAAAAAGGGCUGCUACGCCUGCUCUGUCGUUGUGGAAGGCGAGGUGAAGCACUGCGUCAUCUACAGCACACCUCGCGGCUUUGGCUUCGCGGAGCCCUACAACCUGUACAGCAGCCUGAAGGACCUGGUGCUCCACUACCACCAGGCCUCCCUGGUGCAGCACAACGACUCGCUCAACGUCCGCCUCGCAUACCCCGUCUACGCACAGAUGCCCUGUGGACGCAGAUGAGCGGCACCCGCCCGCUCACGCUCCCACACAGACAGCAAACCCUCUCUGAGACAGGGAGAGUAGGGGGGGAGUGAAGGAAGGAAGGGAGGUGGGAGGUACAAAGCGAACCCCGACCCAACACCAGACCUGUUUUCAAAGAUAGAUAGAAAACACUUGCUGCAACACACACGUCAGCCACCUUGGAGUUAUAUAUAUUUUUACAAGAACCUUUUCAGAGGGCAUUCUUUCUAAAGACCGCUUGAUUUGCACAAGGAAGUUUUAAAUGUUUGUGAAUGUGAAAACAAAAAAGUGACAAAGAGAAGGAAGGAAAGAAGGAACCGGAGUAGGCAACUUCAGAGUUUCAGGUUGACCCCGCUGCUACCUAAACUCCAACUCAGACUUUUUACUAGAAACUCAGAGAAAAACCCCACAAAAGAGCCAAUGAUGACGGGAGACGGCAACAAAACAUUCCCAUUUUACAAGGUUUUUUUCCACCUCAGAUGAUUAUAUUCCAGCUUUUUUUGUUUGUUUUGUUUCUGGAGUCGUCUUUCCAUGUGUCAGAUGGUUCCUUUACUUUUGUUCACGGUUAAUGAGGAGGAGGAGGAGGAGGAGGAGAUGAAGAAGAUAAUGAUGAUGUCAAGUUUCUGUUUGUGUCCCGCUCUGUACGAGAAGCAAAAACAAUGUAGCAUAUAACAAGACAGUGGACGCUGGUUUAUCAUUAUUAUUAUUAUUAUUCUUAUUAUUUUCUUUUU